AAUAAGGGAGAUCAUAAAUAAUAAGCUAUUCGUUUCAUCUUCUUUCUCCUCGAUUUCCUGGAGACAUUUAAAAGAUUCUUGAUAUAUAGAGAUACAUAAACCCUUUUCUAGAGAUUGAAACGUAACCAAACAAUCCAAACAAAAAGAGAGACAGAGAGAGAGAGAGAGGAUAAUGCUUUGUAGCCAAACGCCGACGUUUCAUGAUCGCCGGCGUCUCCUUCUUAUAGGCGUUGCGAUCCUGGUCUUUUCCUGUUUGGUUUCUUUCUCUCAUGGAGUUUCCUCUUCUAGUCAUCAUCAUCCAUCCUCAACCUCAUUUCAAGGAUUCAGGAGGCAAAUUCAGGAAGGAGCAAAUGGGACAUUGGUGCUAGCGGCGGAGAGGACACGGCGGCCUGAUCCUCUCAACAAUUUCAAUAUAUAUACCGAUGGUUGGAACGUUACCAAUUCUCAUUACAUCGCCUCUGUUGGAUUUUCCGCUGUUCCGUUCAUAGUAAUAGCAAUCGUGUGGUUCGUGUUUCUCGGACUCUUCCUCAUCUGCUCAUGCCUCUGUUGCUGUUGCUGCGGUUGCGGCCGCCGGCACUACGGCUACUCUCGCGUCUGCUACACUCUUUCUCUCAUCUUCCUCCUCCUCUUCACCGUCGCCGCCGUGAUUGGGUCUACGAUGUUGUACACUGGGCAAAAAGAGUUCUACGGUAGCGUGGAGAAUACGUUUAUGUACAUUGUGAACCAAGCAACUAAAGUUUUGGGUAAGCUAACGAGCUUGUGGGACUCUAUUCAAUCUGCUAAAGACAUUCAGCUCGAUGGACACAACCUCUUUCCUCCUCAGUUUAGAGGUAACAUUGAUCAUUUCAACAACAUGAUCAAGAUGUCCAACAUCACUUACCCUGACCGUGUCGCUAACCAGACAAUCGGUUAUCUCACCGGAGUACUAAACCCUGUGAGAUUAGUGUUAAAUGUGAUUGCUGGUGUUAUGCUCGCAAUCGCAUUCCUUGGACUCUUGUUUUCCUUCUGUGGACUACGAGUUCUUGUCUACCUGUUAGUAAUCCUUGGUUGGAUUCUCGUCACAGCAACGAUCCUGCUAAGCGCAGUCUUCCUCGUCUUCCACAAUGUGGUUGCGGACACAUGUACGGCUAUGGACCAAUGGGUGCAUGAUCCAGCGGCAGAGUCGGCCUUGAGCCAGCUGCUUCCAUGUUUAGACGCUAAAACCAUUGGAGAUACAUUGGAUAUAACCAAGACGAUGACUUCUACGGCCGUUGACAUGACCAAUGCCUACACUGUCAAUGUCAGUAACCAUGAUGAGUUCCCACCUAAUGUCCCUUUCUACCAUAACCAGUCUGGUCCGCUCGUUCCUCUGCUCUGUAACCCGCUCGAUGAACAUCGCAAUCCACGUCCUUGUGCUCCUAACGAAAUCCUCCUUGCUAAUGCUUCUCAGAUAUACAAAGGCUUUGUGUGCCAAGUAAACGCAGAAGGGAUCUGCAUAACACAGGGAAGGUUAACUCAAGCUUCAUACGAUCAGAUGAUGGGUGCGAUCAACGUGGCGUUCACGUUAGACCAUUACAGUCCGUUCUUGGCUAGCAUUGCUGAUUGCUCCUUCGUUCGAGACACUUUUAGAGACAUAACCACCAAGAAUUGCCCUGGACUCACCAUCACCAGCCAGUGGAUCUACGCUGGACUCGCAUCACUCUCUGGUGCAGUCAUGUUCUCGCUCAUCUUUUGGAUGAUUUUCGUUAGAGAAAGACGUCACCGGUCUCACACCAAGAAGUCUAUGGUCCAGAUGAAUACGAUUUAAUCAUCGCAGACAGGACCAUUCACUGAAUGAGUGAGGAUAAAUGGUAUUUAAGUUUUUUUUUGGUUGUUUUUGGUUGAAAACAUUAAUGAUUUGUUAUAAAAAAGAAACAGUUUAGAAACAAAUUCGUGUAAUCUCUUCUUAUAUACUCACUCAAUAUUAAUCAGUUGUCCUUUUAGAAUCCAGGAACAUUCGUGUAAUAAAUCUACCAAAAUACGCUGAACCAUCUAUGGUCGAGAGAUUGGUAGGUUUUGAAUAAAUCAAGCCAUUUAAUGACGACACUGAAAUGUUGUCGGUAGCCACAGAUUAAAUGUAAUAGUAACUACGAGUAACAAGCAACACCUUACAUAUGAUACGACGAGUCUUAACUAAUACGUGUUUGAUCUCUAAAUGUAACUCAAGGGUCAAGGCCGGUGCAGAGUCGAUGUGUUUUUGUCAUUGAAUUAUCAAAUUAAUAUUUUUUUCAUCGUAAUUUAAACAGGUAUGAUUUGUGCGUAUCCUCUUUGAUCUGUCUGUUUUUGACUCUACGCAUCGCUUCUGUUAAUUAAAGACAAGAGUGUUCAAAAAAAAUGCUGUGUAAAUCUUCAUCCGAGGAAAUACUUAUCGAAGCAUAUAAUAUACAUAAUUAAUUGAGUGUUCCAAAAAAAGUACAUAAUUAAUUAAAUAUAAAAGUGGUAAGAUUAAUAAAGUGAUUGAGAGCAUCUAACCAUAUAACCCCGUACCGACGCAAAAAAAAAAGACCUAAAACUCUCUCUACGACUCAAGCGCCGCCUCAAUCUCUUCUUUCGGAUCUGAGGUCUUCUCUGGCCGGCGCUCCUCGCCGUGCUGUGAGAGGACCUCCUCGAGCUCUCCUAUCUAGUUCUAGUCCCUGUGUAGUCUCUUUAGCUUUGCUUGUGGUGGUUAGUGAUGAAGUUUUUGUUCGACGGCGAUGGCGUUUUGGGGGUCGAGCGGUGGUUGGGUGCUGGUGCGUUUCUCGAUGAGGUGGGAUUCUCUGUCAAAGGCGUGUUCUCUCCGCCAGUGGAGAUUAGAGAAUCUGUUAGAUUCGAGGGGGUUUGAGUCUGGUUCGAUGGUGGUGCGUCUCGUUGGUUGGUUGAUCUUCUCUCUGGCUCCUCAUGUUCUUGUCUCCGGUUGUUUCGAUGUCGGCGUGAGGUUUGGAAAUAGGUUCUUCCCUCUGUUUGUUCUUUGGGACAAGCUGUAGAGGACUUAGUGGAAGGGUGCGUGAUGUCUAGUUGCGGAAGUGGUUUGGCGUCUUACUUGGGCUUGGGAGUACUGCCUCUGUUCAUUGGAGUCAACUCCGGUGCUUGUUGAUAUUUGACGGUCAAAGCUUUUUGCGUGCUCAACUUUGGUUUUGAGAGGAACCGAAGGAGAUAAGUGUAUCUCAGUGCUAAUGCUUCUUUGUUGGUCGAUUGCCGCCAAUUUGAUCAUGAUAGUCUUGGAUUUGGAGUGGUUUUUAUUCAGCUACCGGUUGUAUGAAUAAGACGUGGGAAGCCUUUGUAGGCUUCGCCGUGGGGUGAUGGUGCGUAUGAGGCGCGUGGAGAACCCUCUCAAGGUCCAAUGGAUAAACUUAGUUGGGAUUGAAGGGUGUUUACAACGACGGUUAAGGAUUCUAACCUCUUUAAAUUAUGUUUAUGUGUUGGUGAUGUUCGUGUGCUUCCAGCCUAUCUCUAUGCUCUUCUCAAAUUGUGUUAAUUGUUGAUGAGCUCUCAUUAGGUAUGAUCGUCUUUGAGUGCAAGGUUGAGCACUCCUUUCCUGAAGUUCCUUUCUAUCCUGCCUCAGACAUCUUUUUUCUUCUUUGUUUAGUUUUAAGAGUUUAUGUUAUGUUCAACUUAUGGCUCUGGGUGGUACAUGUUACCUCGCUGGCUCUUGGCUCCGGAAGAGUAGGCAAUGGCUCUUCCGGCUUUGUGUAAAAUGUUGUUUGAUCUAA